AUGUUGUCCAUCUACUUCAUCAUCAACCUUUUUGUUAACUACUACGAUAGUCCUGUGACUGUCGGCUUCAGCCCGGAAAUGAUCAAUGUUCAGAACAUCCCGUUUCCUGCUGUGACAAUCUGUACCACGAAUAUUGCUUUGAAAAGUCGUGCAAAAGCAAUUAUUGAAUCAGGAUCACCAGAACACCAUCUUAUCCUCGAUGACCUCUGCCGUUCAAACUCAACAAACUACGGCGACAUAGGUCCAAUUUCCUGGGAUACCAUGGAAAGUGUCAUUAUAAACAUCACGCAAAAGUGUAGCGAGAUGUUGGUUGGUUGUAAAUGGCAAGGAAAGACUCGUGAUUGCAGUGAAUUGAUUGAUUACGUACUGACAGACGAUGGAUACUGCUGUACCUUUAAUAAACUACCAUAUAAAUACGUCUACAGACAUGAUUUUGCAGGGACAAAUUUUACUUAUCCAAAUAACGUAGUAAAUUGGUACCCUGAAGUAGGGUACCCAGCUAAUAUCAAAGAUGAUAUAUAUCCAUAUCGGGCUUUUGGUAGAGGAGUCCAACAAGGAUUAACUGUGGUCCUGGAUAGUGCUAUGCAUGAAUAUUACUGUUCUGUAAGCAAUGGAUUUGGUUUCAAGAUAUUGUUUCAUUCACCAAGAGAAUCUCCUAAAAUUGCGGACCUGGGAUAUUUAUUGGAACCUGGAGUAGAAUCACGAAUUGCUGUCAAUGUUGAUGUACAACUGGCUACAGAUUCAAUCAGGGGGAUAGAUUAUCGUAAAAGGAAGUGUUUCUUUACAGAUGAGAAAUUUUUAAGAUAUUUUCAAUUGUAUUCGGCGACUAAUUGUCUCCUUGAAUGUGAGGCUAAUUAUACUGAGGAGAUGUGUGGAUGUAUUCCAUAUUAUCUUCCGCGUGAUCAGGAUACGAAUUUGUGUGAUAAAUCUGAUGAUACUUGUACUACUCAAGCAAAGUAUAUAAUAGAACGUUAUGGGAAAGAAAAAUUAGCCUCAAACACCGGAGGAUUAUUGAGUUUAUUCCUGGGAUUUAGUUUCAUGACCGUGGUCGAGCUCAUUUAUUUUCUCUUCAUUCGAGGAGCGUGUGUUUGGUGUCAAAGCAGACAGCAUAAUCAACAACACCAACAAGUCUUUGUUAAAUAA